UGUAUAUGUGGGUGGCCUGAUCGAGCGGUUUCUAAUCACGUGGGGGGGUAGAGCGGUGGGGGGGCUCGAAAGAAAGGGCCAGGAGCGCUCGUCUGCUACGUUAUAUAGUCUGAAUGAGUUGUCACUGUACCAAGUCAUGAUCUCGGUAUUUGGGUCGAUGCUUGCAUCGUCAGGUGGUAAGGAGAUGGAGCCGUUAGAUCACGCGGCGGGGGAUGAACGGCAGCAGAACAUCGACGGUCCGGCAGAUGAGGGGGAGGAGGGGGAGGAGGGGGAGGAGGGCAAAGGAGGAAGAGGAGGAGGAGGAGGAGGAGGAGGAGGAGGAGGAGGAGGAGGAAGAGGAGGAGGAGGAGGAAGAGGAGGUGGAAGAGGAGGAAGAGGAGGAAGAGGAGGAAGAGGAGAGGAUUGGGAAACUCAUUGCAUAAGAGGAGGAAGAGGAGGAGGAGAGGAUUGGGAAACUCAUUGCAUAGGAUGGAUGAAUCUACCGAGAGCGAUCGAUCUGUCGGGUGGCGGGGCAAUCAGGCGAAAGGACAACAGUCAGGAGGAGGAGGAGGAGGAGGAGGGUGCAAUUUGCAUGGUAGGAAACGUUGCAGACAUGACAAAUUGGAAGCAAACAGGCAACAGCACGACACCUCUGUAUGAUCUGGUCCCAUCGACUCCCUUGCUGCAAGAGAGGAGAUUUGUGUUCGAUCCACAGCAGCAGGUGUUUGAUGGCCGCUCUGUCGGUUUUGAUGGUCGGCUUGCCCCUUUCAACAUGCAGGCAGGAAACUGUGCUGUCCGACCACGACCGCCCAGUUUUGAUAGUAGGUUGCCACUUAGUUUCGAUGCCAGACCUCCUGGUUUUGUCAAUAGCCCGCUUGGGUUUGACACCAAAUCCAAACCCCCUGGUUUGGAUGGUAGGCCACGUGGUUUGGAUGGUAGGCCACCUGGUUUUGGUUUUGCCAGCCGUCUUCCAGGUCUCGGUGCUGGUGCCAGGCCGCCAGGUUUUGAUUGCAGACGACCCGGUUUUGACGAGAAGCCUCCUGGAUUUGAUCAGGGCCCCCCCCCUCGGGGUUUCGCGGCGACGAAGCCACCUGGUUUUGAGGAUGCCAAGACGGCUGGGUCUGGUUUUGAUAUCAACGGCGUUGAGGGGUUUAGUAGCCUUCUUGCCGGAUUCAAUAUCCCCCACCCCCAGCCCGCCGGUUUUGCUGCGCGAGGAAAUGCCAGUCUUAACAACCAUGCAGCUUCUUCUUUCGAUUCGCGCCCAUCUGGAGCUGGGUUUUUUGUCAAUCGCCAAUCUGCACCUUCUGCUUUUGAAAAUCGGCUGCUACCUAGUUUCGGCACCCGACUUGCCACCAGCUUGGGGAACCGCUCAGCGGGUUUCGCAGCCAGUCAGGUGGCUGGUUCUGGCUAUCAGGAGGCUAGUAGUAGUUGCUUUGCCAAUCAAAUGGGAGGUUAUGGCAGCGGACAACGCGGACUUGAUAGCGUACAACUUGUUGGAUUUGAUAAUCAGGUGGCGGGUUUCAGUACUCACGCAGUCCUUUCCAACGCCCACACCCCUGUUCUCGUCGCCAAACAGACAGCUGGUUUGCACAACCAACCCACGGCUGGCUUUAGCAACCAGCCUCUCACCGAAGUCGUUAACCAGCAGCCCCUCACCAGAGUCGUUAACCAGCAGCCCCUCACCAGAGUCAUUAACCAGCCCCUCAUUAACCAGCCCCUCGCCAGAGUCGUGAACCAGCCCUUUACCAGAGUCGUUAACCAGCCCCUCACCGGUAUCGUGAACCAGCGCCUUGCCAGUCUCGAAAACCAGCGCCUUGCUAGUCUUGACAACGAGCAGGCAGUAGGUUUCGGCAAUCAAACCUCAUUAGAGGAGUGGGGGGUGUUAGAGCAGGCAAGAUCCAGGACUGGGAGCUGGUGGUCACAACCAGCUAGUCCCAACAAUAAGAGUUGGUUGUCACAACCGGCUGCUAGUUCUAGUGCUGGGGGUUGGUUGUCAGAACCGGCUGCUAGUUCUAGCGCUGGGGGUUGGUUGUCACAACCGGCUGCUAGUUCUAGCAAUGGGGGUUGGUUGUCACAACCGGCUGCCAGUUCUAGCGCUGGGGGUUGGUUGUCACAACCGGCUGCUACUUCUGGCAAUGGGGGUUGGUUGUCACAACCAGCUGGUCCAACAAAUGGACCAAGUGGUUUUGGUAAUCCACUGGCCAGUUUUAACAACCGGGAGGACAGAUUUGACAACCGACUUGGUGGGUUCAGCAGCCAACUGGGAGGUUUUGAGAACCAACCAGAUGGUCUGAACAAUCAGCAGACCGGUUCCAGCGGGAAGCUUGGUGGCCCUGCUGAUGGUCCCACCAUGACUGGUUUCAACAGCCAGCAGGUUACAUUUGAUGGGCUGCUGUCAGGUUUCAAUGGGCCGGUGCCUGGUUUUGCUGCUGGGCGGCCAGCUGUUCCGUGUGGGCGACCUGAUGAGUUCAAUCUCUGGACGGGAGCUAUUGAUGACUAUCGUUCUGGUGCUUAUGGAGGACCAAUCCAAGUCGAUAGAAACACGACGGCUUUGGACUGCGAUGCACUGGGAUCUGCAAGUGGGCAGCAAGCAGAUGUUGACGGGCAGCCAAUGGGGGUUGUCGCUCAGCAGGCGACAGGUUUGAACGGGCGGCGCAGUUUUGAUCUGCAAAUGACCGACUAUCGCGGCCAGGCAGCAAGUCUUAGUGGCCAGAUGGCAACGGGUUUAGAUCAGCGAGGGCAAUGUUAUGAUGUCCCAUCGAAAGUUUUGAGGUGUUUUGAUGGCCGGUCAGAAACCUUGAGCUGUCUGACAGCUGCUACGGCAGGAUUGGACGGACCAGAAGCUCCUGUGGACAUACAGGAGCCAAGUUUUGAGCGGGCUUCGUCAAGUUCACACAAUCGGGUAGCAACCGCAGAUGAGCAGGGGAUGGUCACUGAUAACCAGAUAGUGAGUUCAGAUGGCCUGGCAGAAGGUUUGGAUGGCCACCGGGAAAGGUCGGAUGUGACACCAGAAGGUUUCGGUGGCCGACCAGCUCGUUUGGAUGUUCGACUCGAGGGUUUGGCUGGUCGAUCUCCAGGUUUGGAUGGUUGGCCAACAGGCUUGGGAGGGCAAGCAGCAGGUUUAGGUGGGCAAUCAGCAGGUUUGGGUGGGCAAUCAGCAGGUUUGGAUUGCCGAGUAGAAGGUUGUUUGGACAAUCAACAAGCAGCUUUGGACGGCAAGUUUUCAGGGUUGGGCAGGCAGCCUCCAGGCUUGGGUAACCAACCACCAGGUUUGGACGGUGAGCCGACUCGCCUGGAUGGCCGGUCAGCAGAUGCAGAAAGUUGUCCAGCAGCAGGUUUCGAUGGCAGACCAGGAGCAGCAGAUUGUUCAGACCAUCAGCGAGCUGGUUUGGAUGGCCGGUCGGCAGGAGGGUUAGACAGCCCGCCGCCAGGGCCGAGUGCCCAACCACCAGGUUUGGAUGGUAAGCCAACCGGCCUGGAUGGCCGGUCGGCAGAUGCAGAAAGUUGCCCAGCAGAAGGUUUCAAUGGCAGACCAGCAGAUUGUUCGGACCAUCAACGAGCUGGUUUGGAUGGCCUGUCGGCAGGGUUAGACAGCCAGCCACCAGGUUCGAGUGCCCAACCAGCAGGUUUGGAUGGUAAGCCAACCGGCCUGGAUGGCCGGUCGGCAGAUGCAGAAAGUAGCCCAGCACCAGGUUUGGAUGGCAGACCAGCAGCUGGUUGUUCGGACCAUCAACGAGCUGGUUUGGAUGGCCAGUCGGCAGGAGGGUUAGACAGCCAGCCGCCAGGUUCCAGUGCCCAACCAGUAGGUUUGGAUGGUAAACCAACCGGCUUGGAUGGCCGGUUGGCAGAUGCAGAAAGUGGCCCUGCACCAGGUUUGGAUGCCAACCUAGCAGGCUUUGAGGGCCAAACAUCAGCAUUCCAUGCACUGCUGUCUGGUGCAAAGCGUGACAGCUUCGUUAACGCUGAGACAGAAGCAAGCAGGAGCAGGAGGAAGAAGCAGCGAAGGGCAUCUGCAUCUCAUCAGAUGAUGGCUGAAGCUAUAGCGGCCAGCCAAAAUUUAUCGGAAGCAAUUGCCAACAGAAGCCGGACCAUGUGCGAAGACAUCCUGUCAGAUCGCGGACGCAUUGCUGAUGCAAUUGGUAAUGGCAGCUCACACAGGACGCGCCGUCCAGGUGAUCCUGCUACCGUAUUGUCGGCGGCGAUUAGACAGUCCUCCUCUGAAAUAACAGCAUCCCUUUAUGGCUUUGUGGCUAUCCUGGCAAAAACUUGGCAGAGACAGGCCACGGUAGCUCACCAAGAACCCACGCUAGCUGAGCAAGCACCUGGACCCCAUGUCCAGCAACCGGUAGCUAAAGGAACUGCUCAGCAUCACCAGAGUAAUCCAUCAUCCCAUAGCUGCGUCACCAUCGACACACCAACUGUUGUGGACGGCGUCAAUGCCAAAGGAGUGCCACCCGCUUUGCCCGGCAAUCAAGCAGAAGCCAAGUUGGGGGACUGAUUGACGUCCCGGGAAGACGAAUUGGAGCACCGUGGAAGGCCUUAUAUCUUCUAAUGGCUUGGUCCCUCUGGAAGACGAGUCCAAGGACCGAAUGGCACAGCCGGACGACAAGUUGGAAGAUUGAGUGAUGCCGCCCAUGUUCUUCGUUGUAAUAAAGCGCUUGUGGAAGU